CACGAAGUGCGCAGGCUUAGCCGUCAUGCCAGUUCCAUCUUCAUACCAAAGUCGAUGCCCUGUAUCUAUAUACUUCACCAAGUAGAGAACUAACCAAUUUUCUACCAAUUGCCCUCAUUCUUUCUUCUGUUAUGCCUAGGAUCCCCGAAUCUGAGGAGACAAGCAUGUUGCCUCUCCCUGGAACCCCUUCUGCCUCAUGGGCUAGAUUCCGCGCGCGGCUAAGUGCUUUAUUUAGUGGCGCUGACCCCAGGGUCUGCGUUGCAUUCUGGCUGUUUGGCCUGAUCAAUAAUGUUCUUUAUGUCAUUAUUCUCUCCGCUGCCCUUGAUCUAGUCGGUCCUAGUGUGCCCAAAGGCGUGGUUCUUCUCGCGGAUGUUAUCCCUUCUUUCGGGACUAAGCUCGUUGCUCCGUACUUUAUCCACGUGGUGCCGUAUUCGGUACGGGUGGUGAUAUUCGUGCUCCUCUCAGCAAUUGGGAUGCUUCUCGUUGCUUUGAGUCCUGGCUACGCGGACGGCGGUACAAUAUCUAUCAAGAUUGCCGGGAUUAUCCUCGCCAGCCUGUCCAGUGGAGGCGGGGAAUUAAGCUUCCUCGGACUGACACACUACUACGGUCCGUUUAGUUUGGCGGCCUGGGGAAGUGGAACUGGGGCUGCGGGGUUGGUUGGGGCUGGUGCAUAUGCACUGGCAACUACUUCUUUAGGCCUGAGUAUCAAGACCACUCUCCUAGCGUCCGCUUGUUUACCGACAGUGAUGGUAGUGAGCUUCUUUACCAUCCUGCCGAGAUCCCCUGUACACCAUCCAUUGUCGGCCGCACAAGCUGGCUACCGCGCUGUCGGAACCCCGGAUAGGCUUGCGGAAGAACGGGCACUUGGUGAUGAUCGCGAUGAAGCAGUCAGUGAAGCUGACGGCCUUCUUACUUCCUCUAUAUAUUCCUUUGAGAGCCAGAAAGUGACUCAGACCGAGAGUGGGAGCCUCCGAUGGCUGCAAAUCAAAGCAAAUCUGCAGCGUGCAAAAGGGCUUUUCUUCCCUUUCAUGCUCCCAUUGCUUUUGGUCUACGUUGCAGAGUACACCAUUAACCAAGGGGUGGCCCCAACCUUACUCUUUCCGCUGAACGAGUCUCCUUUCACACAUUUCCGCGCAUACUACCCGGCGUAUAACGCAAUCUACCAGGUUGGGGUGUUUAUCUCACGCUCAUCCACCCCGUUCUUCCGCAUCCAUGAUUUAUACUUCCCAUCGCUCUUGCAGGUAGUGAAUCUGGUGGUUUUGACUUUUCAUGCUCUGUUCAAUUUUAUCCCUAGUGUGUACAUUGUCUUCGUGAUCAUUUUCUGGGAGGGACUCCUCGGUGGACUGGUUUAUGUCAACACGUUCGCUGAGAUUGGGGAUCGCGUGCCGCAAGAGGAUCGAGAAUUCUCCCUGGGAGCUACGACCGUCAGCGAUUCCGGCGGGAUCUGUAUUGCCGGCUUUGUCAGUAUGAUUUUCGAGGUUUGGCUGUGUGACUGGCAAGUCGCGCAUGGAAGAGAUUAUUGUCGGAAGCUAUAGCUGUGGAUUUGGGGUGUUUCGUAUAACUAUAAUAAUACCGAGUUACCAGGUCGAGCAUGUAAAUAGAUGUAAAGAAAAAGAGAAAAUGAAAAGAAACAAAAAAAUGCAAAAGAAAGGGAGAUUAUAUAAGACUAAGGGUGG